GUUAUGGAUAUCAAGAACGAAGUAGAAAUAUUGCUUAACCAAGUGAGGGCGCCAUACCGAUGUGAAACGUGUUCUAAAGAGUUUAUAUGGAUGAACCAAUUGAAAUACCACAUGAAAUUACAUGCCGUACAGUACCGGUGUAGAAAAUGCGACGAUACUUAUACAAACAGAAACGAUCUGCAACAUCAUAUGGAAACACGCAUUGGCCAGCAAUCGUACCAAUGUGGCGAGUGUGAGAAAAGCUUCACCAAGAGAAACGCCCUCGAUCGUCACAGCGUCUCACACAUACACAUGUGCCAUCUUAAAGUACACAUGCGGCUUCAUACCGGUGACAAACCAUACACAUGUGAAUUCUGUGGAAAGUCUUUCACUCACAAAGUCAGCCUAAUCAACCACACGGGACCACGCUUUUGUAAAACAUUUGUACACAUUUAA